AUGGUUCUUCACAACCCCAACAACUGGCACUGGGUGAACAAGGACGCCUCUGGCUGGGCCAAGGAGUACCUGCAGCAGAACCUCACUGUCAUCAGUGCCGAGGAAGGGGGCGUGUCGGUCAAAGUAGACAAGGUGUUGUCGAUGGAUGGCGACGUAGACGUCAGCCAGCGCAAGGGCAAGGUCAUUACCCUGUACGAUGUCAAGCUGUCGCUAGAGUACUCAGGUAAGACCAAGGACGCCGAGGAGGUUAGCGGUUCCAUCACCAUCCCCGAGGUAGCCCACGACACCGAGGAAGAUGAGUACGUCUUUGAGCUUGAGAACUACGCCGAUGCUUCCUCCAAGCAGCCUGUAAAGGACCUCGUCCGCUCCAAGAUCCUCCCUCAGCUGCGCGUCGCUCUCGCAAAGCUCACCAAUGCCCUGGUCGCCGAGCACGCUAAGGACCUCCAGCACGCCCCUGGCGUUAACCCUUCCAGUGGCUUCACUCCUGCCACUAUCCACCCCCAGACCAACAAGUCCUCGGCUCCUACUGCUACUGCCACUACCACCACAUCCACCGGCAAGGUCGCCGUUAACACCACCACCGUGACAGCCUCGGAUGAGUUCCGCACCACCGCCGAGGAGCUCUACACCACCUUCACUGACCCCAAGCGUCUGACCGCAUUCACUCGUGGUCCUCCCCGUCUGUUCGAGGGUGCUAAGGUUGGCGGCAAGUUCGCCAUCUUCGACGGAAACGUCACUGGUGAAUACGUUAAGCUCGAUGGACCUAAGCAGAUUGUCCAGAAAUGGCGUCUGGCUCAGUGGCCUGCUGAGCACUUCAGUACCCUGGCUAUCAACUUCGAUCAGAAUGAUGUCGACGGUGUGACUCAGAUGCGUGUUGAGUGGUCUGGUGUUCCUGUUGGUCAGGAAGAUGUCACCAAGCAAAAUUGGGACAUGUACUAUGUUCGCAGCAUCAAGCAGACUUUCGGGUAG